AUGACUCGACCCUCUCGGGAAACGGGCCACCUGAGAGGCGAAUACCGUGCCAGCGACAUGACCGCCGACAAGAGGCCUCACAGGGCCUAUAUUGCCCUGGGCAGCAACCUCGGCGACCGCAUCGCCGAGAUCGAGAGGGCAUGCCGUGAGAUGGACGCCAGGGGCAUCAGGGUGAAGCGGACGAGCAGCCUGUGGGAGACAGAGCCCAUGUAUGUCACAGACCAGGACCGCUUUGUCAAUGGGGCCUGCGAGGUCGAGACAACCCUGGAGCCCCUCGACCUUCUGGACCAGCUUCAGGAUAUCGAGAACUCUAUGGGCCGCAACAAGGUGAUCGACAAGGGGCCGAGGAAUAUCGAUCUUGAUAUCCUACUAUACGACGACCAGGUCGUCGAUCAUGAGAGACUCAAGGUCCCACAUAUCGGCAUUCCGGAGAGGGAGUUCGUGCUCCGCCCUCUGGCAGAACUCAUCCCUACCAAGGCAUUAUACCCUCAAAACCCUUGGAAGUUCACCCAGGACUACCUCAAUGAGCUCCCACCAUCGUCACCACCUCUGACAACGCUCACGCCCCUGUCGCCAUCUCAGCCCCCCCUGCAGGCCUUCAAGUCGUCCCGCAAGACCCACGUCAUGGCCAUCCUCAACAUGACGCCCGACUCCUUCUCCGACGGCGGCCUGCACCCGGCCUCGACACAGCCGAGCCUCGCAGACACCAUCCGGUCCUUUGUCGCAUCCGGGGCGACCAUGAUCGACGUCGGCGGCCAGUCCACGGCGCCCAACCGCCCCGAGGUCACCGCCGCCGAGGAGCUCGCCCGCGUCCUGCCCGCCAUCAAGCUCAUCCGCUCCAUCCCGGAGGCGAGGGACGUCCUCAUCAGCGUGGACACGUACCGCGCCUCCGUGGCCGAGGCGGCAUCCGAGGCCGGCGCCGACAUCAUCAACGACGUGUCGGCCGGCGCCAUGGACCCGGACAUGCUGCCGACCGUGGCGCGGCUGGGCAAGACGGUGUGCCUGAUGCACAUGCGCGGCACGCCGGCCACGAUGAGCAAGCUGAACGACUACGGCAGCGGCGGCGGCGGCGGCGGCAGCAGCGGCAGCGAGGACCUGCCGCCGCUCACGGGCGACGGGCUGAUCCCGGCCGUCGCGCGGGAGCUGCUGGAGCGCGUGGCGGCGGCGGAGGCGGCGGGCGUGCGCAGGUGGCGCAUCAUCCUCGACCCGGGGCUGGGCUUCGCCAAGCUGGGCGAGCAGAACCUGUCCAUCCUGCGGCACCUGCACGAGCUGCGGUCCUGGCCGGGCCUGCGGGGCCUCCCCUGGCUGGUGGGCUCGAGCAGGAAGAGCUUCGUCGGCAAGUUCACGGGCGUGUCGAGGCCCGCCGACCGCAUCUGGGGCACCGCGGCCACGGUCGCCGCCGCCGUCGAGGGGGGCGCCGACGUCGUGAGGGUGCACGAUGUCAAGGAGAUGGGCCAGGUCGUCAGGAUGUCUGAUGCCAUCUGGAGAUACUAG